AUGCGCUCGGUGACGCGCCGUGACUUCACUCCGGAGCUGGAGGAGGAUCCGCCGCUCCACCGACUCCUCUGUUUCUCUCAGCGGGCGUCAGGCAGCACGAAGCCGGAGGGAUGGAGCCAGCGGGCGCGUACGGCGCCGGAAAGGCCGGGGCCGUCAGCUUCGAUCCGGUCGCCUUCUUCACGCAUCCCCGUACCGUCCUCAGACUGCUGUCGUGGGUUUUCUCCAUGGUAGUGUUCAGCUGCAUCGUGAACGAGGGCUACAUCAACAUUGGCAGUGAGCGUUUGCUGUGUGUUUUCAACAACAACGCCGACGCCUGUAACUACGGCGUCACUGUGGGUGUGGCCUGUUUCCUCGGCAGCAUCUUUUUCCUGAUCCUGGACAUUUACUUUCCCACCAUGAGCAAUGUCAAGGACAGAAGACGCGCUGUCCUGCUGGACCUCAUCUUCUCUGGUCUCGCCAGCUUCCUGUGGUUCGUCGGCUUCUGUUUUCUGGCCAAUCAGUGGCAGAUGACCUCUCCGGAUGAGCUGCCGUUGGCUCAGGGCUCCGAUGCCGCCAGAGCCACCAUCGCCUUCUGCUUCUUCUCCAUCCUCACCUGGGGUUAUCAGUGUCUGCUGGCUAUGAACACAUUUAAGAGCAUUUCCUUCGUGGAGGUCAAGCAGACGCUGCUGCCCAGGACUCCUCCGACUCUCUCUCUAGUCUAACAAUCUGUCUCAGUCUGCUUCAUACAGCUGCUGCUUGGUACAAAUGUGUUUAGCCGUGUGUGUGUGUGGACAAGCCUUUUCCAGAAAAAGCAUUUCCUGAUUUAUUCUCCACCGACGAGUCAAUGAAGUCUGUAAAAACCAUCCUAUCACCAAACUUACAGCAGCCAUUCGUCUCACUGUCAGAGGAUGUGGGGACAUUAAGCUGUAAUUGUGUCAAGGAUGUGCUGCGUGUUAUAAAGGAUCUUUUUCACUUUUUGAGUCUGCCAAGUCUUUUUUUCCCCCUUCAAUAGUGCAGCGGAGAGUAAUUCUAUUGUUCUUCUGUGGAGAAUUUAGAGCCAAAGGGUGAAAUCAGAAGUCUUCUUCUGGCUCUGAACCAAGGAACUUAUUGUGUUUAUUAGUUAUUAUAGAGCCCAGAGCCCAGAAAAAUAGUUGUAUAUUAUAUUUAUUCUCUAUGAAAGGAGUUAUCUAAGCUGAGAAAAACAGCGACAAGAUGACAAGUUUCACCAGAAAGCCUGUAUAUGAAACAAAAAUACUUACUGUGCUGGUGGAGACUGAUGUUUCAUCUACCAGGAAGUGAAGUUAGAGUCACAGAUCUGUGAGUUUAAAGCUUUAUCAGAUACACAGCGGUUUAUAACAUUACAAAGGAGGAUUUCACAGCUCUGGAUGGGUCUCACAGCGGCAAUAAUUUUACUUCUUCUUUGAACAAUCGCUUAUUUGCCCAAAGCGGCACCUUGCUCGACGUCGCUGUGAAAUUGAUUAACCCUUUCUACUCGAGCAGCAGCAGCUAUUAAAAUGUUCUUUUAAAGGGUUUCUGAGUGUGGCACGCUGUGAGUGACAGGCUGCCUAAUAGCACUAUGAUUAAAAUGGAUGGAGCAUAUGUUGUGCUUCGUGGGAGUUGAGAGUUUUUUCGGCAGGUUGAAGGAUUUUAUUCACUUUCUGAUUGACUGCUUAGACUGGGAGGAAGUAAAAAUAUUAUUUUUUGCUGGAAUUUCACUCUGGUCUGAUGCUCAGGACCUCGAGGAUUACUGUAUGUUGCAGUUCUCCCAAAUUUCUCUCAUCUACAGAGCAGUUCAAGUUGGUAACACAGUUGUUGGGGUGUUACUGAUUGAAUUUGGGAUUUUUUUUGUUGUGGAAAUUGGGGGAAAAAAUGCACUUUUGGGUCACAUUUCAACAGAAGAGCUGCUGUGUCCCAGAGGAAAAUCUACUGAUUAAAGUUUGCUCUUCUAUAGCUCAGGAGACAACACUGUGAUUCUUAUUUUGGGCUUAUUUUCAGCUUUGAUUUUGUCUGAUAUGUUCUCAUACUUUUUCCUAAAAUUCACCAGGAAGAGAGGAGAACAAUUAGCAACAUGAGUCAAACUUCAGAUUUAAAGAGAUCAUUCAACUACUGGUUCCAUUUUUUCUUGCGUGUAUAUAUACAAGAAAAAAUAAAUAUAUAUGUAUAUACAUAUAUAUUAUCUAUCAAUACAUAUUUAUACAGUCAGCCUCAUAAAUAUUUAGUCAUUUGGGCUCUGUACACCACCACAGUGGAUUUGAAAUGAAACAAUCAAGAUGUGCUUUAAGUGCAGACUUUCAGCUUGAAUUUGAGGGUAUUUACAUUCAAAUCCAAAAACUUCAAUGAUUCUUUUAAAGCAUCUUUAAAGCCUCACCAGAUGCUUAUUUUUCACAGGAUUUGACAGAUUUUUUUGAUUUACUUAUUUUUUUUAAUUGAAUUUUCCAGAAACCUCAAGAAAAAGUUGUAAUCAUGUCAAUAACUUAUGCAGAUUUUAGAUUUCUAUAGAAAUUAAAAUAAUAAAAAUCUAUAAUUUAUCAUCAAAAUGAAACAUUUUUAAUUUUCAAAAGUUAAAAUCUCCACUAAUAUUCAGUCAAUUCCAACGUUUUUUUUGUUGUUGUUGUUGUUGUUGUGGGUAGAAACUAUUUAGUUUUGUCAGAUAAAAAUGUCAUUUAGUGCUGCAUCAAUCCUAAAAUUAGUUCUGGAGCUGGAAAAUCCACUGUUUAGGACAUUUUAACACUUUUUUUUUUACUUCAGGAAGGAUCGUUUUGAUUUCCUUGAAAAAUUCUGAAGGGAAAGCCUUCAUAGCCAUUGAAAACACGCUAAAAGAUGAAAGAUGACAAAAUAUUAGGAAGACCUCUUCGUAUAAUUAAGUUAUUAUAUUUGUAUAAAAUUAAGCUCAUAUGCAUGUAGCUCAAUGGAGAAAAAAUGAAUCCAUUAGUUGAAUCUCAAGUUUGACUGCUGUUGCUAAUUGUUCUCCUCCUUCCUCACCUACAUCUCCUGGUGAAUAUUAGGAGAAAGAUAUGAGAAACAUAUCAGAUAAAAUCGAAGCUAAAAGAAGAAUCUGAAUUUUGUCUCCUGAGCUACGGAGGAACAAACUUAGAGCAGUAAGAUUUUCCUCUGGGAUUCAGGAAAAUGCAGAAACUAGCAUUUCCAGAGCUUAAAGCCAAAGUUUGGGCUGCUGUGAUUCAUUCAGUUUAAUUCUGUCUAAUGCGAGUUUCUCAAAUAUGCAGAAGUACAGUACUAAAUGUCAGCUCUGCACUCUUCUGUAACUCCAGGUUUAACCAUAUCUGCAGGUUUUCUCUAAUCACGUGUUGCUAAUGUGUGUGAUUAACCACCUCUUGUGUGUGUGUGUGUGUGUGUGUU